CCACUUCGAAUAGCCCUAUCAGAUUCUACAAGCGCCGCAUGACACGCUUCUGAAUUCGGUAAUCAAUCAACGGAGGAGUACUUGUGAUAACGAUAACGACUGCAUACAGUACUUAACACCGCUACUUCUAACUCUGGAGUGCCCGCUCAGUUGGUCUUUGCCUCCUCUCCGUUCUCCAUGGCUGAUGCCACGUCAGUCAAGUCUAAAUCCGCUGACGUCGAGUCCAAUGUCUCUAUCGAUGCUGACCUGGCGCGAAAAGUGCUGCGGAAAAUCGAUUGGCGACUCCUCCCAAUCAUGUUCAUCACGUACAACUUCAACUUCAUUGACAAGACUAUUCUUUCCAGUGCAUCAGUGUUCGGCCUCAAAGCUGAUACGGAUCUAGUGGGACAGCAAUACAACUGGGUAUCCAGCGUCUUUUACUUUGGCUACCUCGGCUGGGCUUAUCCUACGACGCAUCUAAUCCAGCGACUUCCCGUCGGCAAGUACGUUUCGAUCAACACAAUAAUAUGGGGCACCCUAGUCGCGCUCACCGCUGCAUGUAAGAACUUUGGUGGUCUCGUUACUGUUCGAUUUCUCUUGGGUGUGGCGGAGGCGACGAUCACACCUGCAUUUGUAUACGUCACAUCGAUGUGGUACACGCGAGACGAGAUCCCGAUCAAAACUGGGGCAUGGUUCGCGGGGAACUCGUUUGGGGGUUUGGUGGCUUCGUUGGCGGCUUAUGGCAUUGGCAGGAUCGAGGAACCGUUAUCUCCAUGGCAGUGGCUGUUUAUCAUUUUUGGUCUCGCUACAGGCUUGUGGGGAGCCAUUAUAUUAUUCAUUCUUCCAGAUUCAAUAGAGUCGUGCGGAUUUUUGAACGAAGAGGAGACGAAAUGCGCACAGGAUAGAGUUAUUUUGGCUGGUAUGGGAAAGGCUUCAAAGGAAACGAGCGAGUGGAAGCGCGAGCAGGUCUUUGAAUGCUUUUUGGAUCCAAAAACUUGGUUCUUCUUCGCCAUAUCUAUAUGCACUCAGAUACCAAACUCCGGUACUCAGAACUUUGGUAAUCUGGUGCUGACGGGCUUCGGGUUUACCAACCUUGAGACAACUCUUGUCGGGUUACCUUCAUCGGUAAUAGCGUUCCUGACAAUUCUUUUAAGUGGCUGGAUCGCAGGCCGCGUUCGUAAUAUAUCCACCUUCUUAAUAAUUCCCAUUGUUGCUUGCCCCGUUGUUGGUAGCGCUCUGAUAUAUUCAGAUGUCAGCAACGGCGUCAAGCUUUUUGGCUACUACCUCCUUUCUACAGGUCCUGGAGCCCUUCCGCUCUCCAUGUCACUGAUGUCUGCCAACUACAAAGGCGUAACGAAGAAGAUGACGAUGACGGCUCUCUUGUUCACUGCGUAUUGCACUGGAAACAUUGCCGGACCUCAGUUCUUCAAAUCCUCGGAGUCACCUCACUACCAGACAGCGUUUCGGACGAUCAUGAUAUGUUACGCGUUGGUUGUCGUGGAAGCGCUGGGACUGAGGUUUUAUCUGAUUUGGGUGAAUAAAAGGAGAGAUAUUCUGGAGGGAGAUGUGAUGGAUGAGGAACUCGAUGAAGAUGUGACGGAUUUGAAGACAGUGGGGAUGAGGUAUCGACUGUAAAGUUCACUGAUUUUACGACUGCCAUAAACCAACGACUCGCCUUUCUCGCCAAUGGUGAUUUGCAACAAAUAUUUCCUCGGCAACCAGGUGGUACGACAAGUCAGUCUGCGCGGUCAAACAAGAAAGUCGUUAGGUCGGUCAGCAAUAAAAGCGUGAAGAAGAGGAAGAAGACAUAACAAGCAUCAGGUUCUUGUUUCAUGAUAAUAAAGUUCCAUUGAAGUG